CUGAAAAUUUAUAACAGUAAAAGUUUCCAGGAACACGAUUUACGUACAUUUACAAGCUACUGGAAAGCUGGAUUAGCCAACGAUGUAUCAGUUUCUUGUGAGGUAGUUGGUAUCGAUCCCAAAUAUAAAUUUCCGCGUAUUUGCGAUGCAACUUCAGAAUCGCGAGUUUUUACUUUUGACAAUAAACAAAAUCAGUCAUCGGUACCCACAGAAGUCGACGGAAAAGUUGUGGUAGAACUGUACGGCAAAUGCUUUAAUGUAACGCUUAGCGGACAAAAACAUGAAAAACGUUGUCCCUGGUGUAAGGAACAUAGUGAUUAUGCAUAUCCAGAGGAAAGUUCGACUUGGCUACAGAAGCUGAAACGGUUUGAUCCGUUUGUCAUAAGUACACUUCUGUUCCUAUUUAUUUCUAUUGUUACGGUGAUAAUGCUGUUACACCAGUGUGCAAAAACGUAUCGUAUGAAACAGUCUUCGAAUAUAUAUAAUAAAAAGUGUCGACUUUAUCAUGAGCCUCCGAAUCGUAUCAUACAUCCGCUUCGUAUCAAUGAAGUCGAGGAGACCAAAUACGAAACUCCUUGGGAAAAUCAACAUUAUCAUCCGGUCCCGUAUUAUCGUCUAGGAGCUCGAGGUGAUGCAACAGUGACAUCACCGGUUGAUUCGUCGCUGACGAAUGCAACAACUGUAUCCGACUAUGGGUUGUCGUCAAAGAGUACAUUCACCAACAACCGGAGAUUUUCACCAAGUUCUUCUUUUCAAGGACGUCAUGAUGACAGUGGUCUUGAAUCUGUUUAG